AUGAUCCACGUGCUUAACCCUCUGGUUACGCGCUCCACAUACUUGCUACUCCUGAGAAAGCGGGACCUCUUGGAGCCCAAGCUGACCGUUUUCCUGACUUCGGAGUUCUACAGUGCCAUGCAGAUGGAUGAACUUAAAACCAGUCAUCCUAUUGAGGUUCCCGUUAAAUCGCCCAGUGAGGUCGAAGAAAUCUUUGAUGCCGUUUCCUACGAGAAAGGUGCCUCCAUCAUCCGAAUGUUGCGAGACUACAUCGGCCCAGAGGUCAGUUUUCCUCGAACGUUGGCUGUUGACACCACUCUUUUUAUUAGUCGACCUCCACUGUUUGCGCAGCUCAAUCGGAGUUAA